CGUUAUAAUUUUUGUUACAUAACAAUGCUUACUUUUUCUAUAAAUAAUAAUGAUUAAAUAAUAACAAGAUGGAUUUCUCCAAGAAUAUUAGGAGAACUAGCUCUUGUCAAAAAAUUCCUAAACAAAAACAUUCGAAACAGAAUGCAUUUACUCACGUAAUGGCUUCUGAUUCAAAGAUUCAACAAUAUGCAAUCACUGCAAAGACUCGAGCAAAAGAUUUUAUUUCUAAAGUUAUUGAAAAAUUAUUUGUCAGGAAAUCUCAGGAAGAAAAAUGUCCACAGACAAAUCUGCCAAAUCUCGUUUCAGAUGAUGAUUCAUCCGUUGAACAGAUUACAGAUAAUAAGACACCAACUUAUAAAAGUUUAACUUCUAUUGUCAAAGCCUUCGAUAAUAUUAUUAGAUUAAAAGAAAAUGAUUUAUUGGAAGAUGAUGAAUCUGUUAGUUCGUUUACAGCUCAGACUUUAUUUCAGAAAAUCAAAAUUUCAAAAAGCAACGUACAAAUAGAAAAACAAGUUAUUGUAGAGCCUCUUCGAGUAAAUCACGAGGAAUCAAUCAGGGCCACAUUAUCAAGUGAAGACGUAAGCGAACAGCCUCUCUUAUUUGGUACUCAGGAAGUAAUUUCUCCAUUGAAUAAUAAGGCAGAUGAAACAGUGACAAUUGACAAUCUUAUGAACCAAGAAAAUCAACAAGCAGAAAUGACUAAUGAUAAAAAUGCAGGAACAUUUAUUGAUAUAUGCAAACGAGCCAUUUUGGAGUUAGAUUUUUCCUUACAGUUAGAUAUGAAAUCCCACACAUCGUUUGAUUCUCAAGAGGAAGGAAAAAAAGAAUCCGAUGUUGCAGCAUUUUCGAAAAACUUAUCCGAAACAGGUCGAGAAAAUAUGAAAACAACAUCUUUGCCUCAAGAAAUCAGCAAGGAAAAGCAAUUUCCUGAAGACCCUGAUACUGAAUUUCAAUGCAAUAGAUGUAUAAAAACAACCCAAAUAUUUGAAAAAUUACCAGAAACAUACGAAGAUAAAAGAUCCGAAGUUAUGGGAUUAUCUAAAAGUAGUCUCUUUAAUCAAAUUUCGUUCUUUGAAAAACCUCUCGAAAAUAAUGAAUCUCGAUAUACAAUUGUUUUACCGGAAUCUAUUGAAAAUCUGACCUUCCCAAUUAUAAGAGUUAAAUCAUAUAUAUCGAAAAAAACCUGCGAAGAAUGGCAUUCUGUACAUUCUUUAUCUGUUGAAAGAUCUUUUACAGAACAAAAUAGUGAAAUUACAAAACAGUGUGGGGAUGACUGUAAUGUAUCUUCUGUAGUCUGUAGAAGCAAGGACGAUUUGAUCGAACCAGUCUUACCGCCAUCACGAAUAAUGAAAAAGAAAUAAGGAUUAAAUAUUCUUCAUCACUUACUAAUACUAUGAUUUCAAAUUGAUUCGUGUAAUUUCUUUCACCAGUUUUGUUGUAAAAUGCAAAAUAAUGAUUUUAAAAUAAUUAAUUAAACUUUUAAGGUCAAUGAAUUUAUUGUGAUUUAAUCUGCGCUUCUUAACUACCACAUAACUGUUGUCUUUGUUAUUGUUUCGACAACAAUGAAACUAUUUAAUUACACAAAAAGAAAAAAUCGAAAUAGGUUAUGAAUUUUUAAUUAAAGGAAACUAAUUACGUUUAAAUAUAGGAUUAUUUUUAAUGAAAAUAGUUCUCACUUUUUCCAAAAUGGAGCUGCAUGCCACUGACACUCUGCUGUCUUUUGGACGAGAGUAAAGAAUGUUAUUGUUCUUUCUACGCGGUGACAGGACACGUAUGGCAAUUUAACAGUAGGAAAUGUCUCCCGAAUAUGUCGAAUGACCUUUGAUAAACAUUAAUCG